CUUGCACUAAGGGCCUUUUGGUUGGGAUGUCCUAGGCCUCCUCUUCGGCUGGUCUCUCCCUCCCCACUGCCUCAGCACCCACUCAGGACCCCUUUCCCAGUCUCCCAGGAUUCCGGUAUAGGCUCCAGGUCUCCCACUUACAUCUACCUUAAUCCUGAGGCAACUAAAAAGAAAAAGAAACGCAGGAAGACACCAAGAAAGAGACUGAAAAUAUUCCAAGGAUUCAAGAUGAAUAUCAGCAACCUACUACAAUUUCCCUUGGAGAGUCUUCGCGCCUUCCGGGCUGUGCUGUCAAAACCGAUUAUUGAGAGGAUGGAAACGUUGAGCAAGCACACUGGCCACGGGACUGGGGGAGGUGCCCGUGGUCACCUAGCAGAGCGGAUGAAAUGGAGGGCAGAGAGCAUCACAAGGUGCUGUCAUUGCGGGCAUGGUCCCGAGGAGCUAAUCACUGGUCCAAGCUAGCCCAGAGGAGGCCUCCAGCCCGACUCACACGUGGCGUCUCUACAAAGGGAUGAAAAGAAAUUUUCCCAGAUGACGUCAUUACUUCACAGCCAGGAUAGCAGCAUGGCCAGCAGUUCUUGGCCCAGUUGAUGGUGUUUCUGAUCAGUUUCGUGAGCUCCGUGUUCUGCGGCCACCUGGGGAAGCUGGACCUGGACGCUGUCACCCUUGCGAUCGCAAUGAUCAAUGUCACCGGAGUCUCGGUAGGCUUCGGCUUGUCUUCCGCUUGUGACACCCUCCUCUCCCAGACGUAUGGGAGCCAGAACCUGAAGCACGUGGGGGUCAUCCUGCAGAGGGGCACUCUGGCGCUGCUCCUCUGCUGCCUUCCGUGCUGGGCACUCUUCCUCAACACCCAGGGCAUCCUGCUGCUCUUCAGGCAGGAGCCGGCCGUGUCCAGGCUUGCCCAGGACUAUGUCAUGAUCUUCAUUCCUGCUCUGCCUGCAACCUUUUUUUAUGUGUUACAAGUUAAAUAUUUGCUCAACCAGGGAAUCGUCCUGCCUCAGAUCCUCGCCGGAGUGGCAGCCAAUCUCGUCAAUGCCCUCAUCAACUAUCUGUUUCUCUAUCAACUGCAUCUUGGGGUGAGGGGGUCGGCACUGGCAAAUACGGUUUCCCAGUUCACCCUGGCGCUGCUCCUCUUCCUGUACAUUCUCUGGAAGAAACUGCACCAAGCUACCUGGGGAGGGUGGUCCCUUGAGUGUCUGCAGGACUGGGCGUCCUUCUUCAGCCUGGCCAUACCCGGCAUGCUCAUGCUGUGCAUUGAGUGGUGGGCCUACGAGAUCGGCAACUUGCUGAGCGGUAUCCUCGGCAUCGUGGAGCUGGGAGCCCAGUCGGUCGUGUACCAGCUGACCGUCAUUUUGUACAUGGUACCGUCAGGCUUCAGUGUGGCCGCCAGCAUCCGGGUUGGGAACGCGUUGGGUGCUGGAAACAUCGAGCAGGCCAAGAAGUCCUCCACUGUCGCCCUGCUGGUCACAGGAUUCUUUGCUGUAAUCUUCUGCGUCCUGAUGUUAGCCUGCAAGGAUCUGAUGGGGUAUGUCUUCACUACUGACCGACAAAUCGUUGCUUUGGUGGCUCAGGUGAUUCCGAUCUCUGGUGUUUCCCAUGUGUUUGAAGGUCUUGCCUGCACAUGUGGUGGCAUUCUGCGGGGAAGUGGCAACCAGAAGGUUGGGGCCAUUGUCAAUGCCAUUGGCUAUUACCUGAUCGGUCUCCCUAUCGGGAUCUCGCUGAUGUUCGUGGUUAGACUGGGACUGAUUGGUCUGUGGUUAGGGAUCAUUAUCUGCGCGAUCACGCAAUCUCUGUAUUUUCUGGUCUUUGUUGCCCGGCUAAACUGGAAGAAAGCCUGUCAAGAGGCUCAGAUACAUGCCAAUGUGAGGCCAACUGUGACCCAGGAUGGGACUUCUUCUGUCUAUCAGAACCAAGGUAGCAACUGCUUCCUGAUUAAACAUAUCCCCGUGGGCCCAGAGAACCAGAGAGGAGUUUUAAUGACCACUGUUGAAACACGGAACGAGACUCAGUUGGACCCACAGAUGCGCCAAGAAGAACAUCUUCCGGCCCCUCCCAGGGACAGGACUCCAUUGACGGGGAGACAGUUGGUGCUACGGCGUGGGCUCCUACUCGUGGGGUUCAUUUCAGUCUUGCUCGUGGGGAUUUUAGUGAGAGUGUAUGUCCCAGUUAAGGGAUAAGGCGAGAGAGAGAGAAUCGGGUCAGGUGAUACUUUUGAGUUUACAAAUACUGCACAAGUGGUGGGAAUUUUUCAGUUAAGGUAGUUCAACUGUGCCUGUGGAUUUCAAGAAUUGAGAGUUCAGAAUUAUACUUUCUAAUGAAGAAAAGGAACGUUCUAGUCCAAGACAGUGUCUGAAUGAAGAGAGUAAUGCUAACUCCAUCAUUGUCUCAACCCAGGACCACUGUGUAAUGAUGGCAUUCAUCCAUGACUUUGAUACUUCUGCUCUUGUUUUAGAUACAGACGCAGGUUCUGAGUGUUUAAGGACUCUUACCAUUUGAAUUAUUUAAAAUAUAUUUUACAGUGUACCA